AUGGAACACUCUACCGAGAAUCAUUUCACUCAUGGCGAGCGGGAAGCUGAUGCGCAGAACAACGAAGUGUACGUUCCUAAACCAUUUUUGGAACUAUUCGUCAAAGCUUCCGGCAUCGAUAACAGAAGCAUCGGCGCAUGCUUGUUUUGUCAAGAGUUUUGGAUGGAACUCUACGCAUUGUACGAACUUGACCUAAUCCGCGUCGAAGUCAAGACUGUGAACGUAAACAGUGAACUGUUCAAGCGCAGUUUCCUUGGGGCGCUGCCACCAGUGUUGGUCGAGCUGGAAAAAAAUUUGACUUAUUCGGACAACCGCGAAAUCGAGAGGCGGAUCUUCCACAUCGCUAAGGAAUUCGACGUUCUGCUGUUCGAGAAGGAUGUAGUAGUUGAGAAGAAGAUCGAAAGUUUAUACAGGUCGAUCUUCAUCACGAUGCUUACACGUGGUCAUGAGUCGUACCCAACGAGGAACCCGAAUUUGCAUCCGUUGCUUCUGCAGGUCGAGGAAUCACGAGUGCGAUGGUUUGGGCACGUGUUGCGAAUGCCUCCAGAGAAAAGGCGUCAGAACUUCAAGAUUUUUCUGAAAGCGAAAAUCGAUUAUGACAGAGAUCACCCAAAUGAAGACGUGAAGCAGAUACCGCAUUUGGUGCAGCCGGCGUACAAUAAGCUUAUUGAACAGCUUGGCAAUAUUGAUAAGCUUCUGGAGCAACGCGGAACUCGAUAUCUGAUAAGUUCGUCGAUGACCAUGUACGAUUGCGAACUCAUGCCACGACUUCAUCACAUUCGAAUCGCCGGCGAGUAUCUGUGCGACACUGAGAUUCCUCACAAUCUUGUUUACUUGUGGAAUUACCUUAUGACUGCCUAUCGAACCGCUGCGUUCAUCGAAUCUUGCCCGCACGAUCAGUCUAUCAUCUAUCACUAUAAAGAACAGUUGAAUUUGACUCGCAAGUCGAGGGAAUCACUGCAAGCUCUGACAAAAACCCUCGAAGUUCCGCAGGACGUACUAGCGCAGAUUCAAAGACUCGGUCUGGAUCAAAAAUGA